CUCUCUUUCACCGACCCGCCACCCUCGCCUGCCCGCAGUUGCUGCGCGGCUCUUUCCUAGACCUUGCGCGCUCCCGCAACACCACCUACCCGCCACACCUCCGCAACCAUGUCCCACCUCAAGCCCAGCUCUGCUGCGCGCAUCUCGGCACCCUCGCCGACGCCCUCGAAUGCCUCUGCCAGCGGCGCCAAGCGAAAGCGCCCCGACGAUGGCACGCCCAACAUCGUCUACUCGCAGCCCCAGGAAACUGGCACCGGGAGCCACAUCUACACGCAGCUCACCUACACCGUCGAGCACCUGCGCGCCAACCAGCGAUGGAUGAGCUUCAAGGAGAUCACAGACUACCUCAACGUACCGGAGAAUGACCACCAGACCCGCCACCACCUUACUGAGCUAUUCCGGAGCAACAACCCGCAGAACCGCAUAGCCUACAAUCCCGCGGAUAAUACAUACCGCUACAGGCCCAAGUUCGAGAUCCGCAAUGCCUCAGAGCUAAAGGGAUAUCUACAAAACCAGAAGUCGGCCCAGGGUCUUUCUGUGAAGGACCUCAAGGAUGGGUGGAGCGCCGUGCAGGAUGAGCUCAAGAGCCUGGAGGAUAGGAAGGAGGUGCUCGUCAAGCGGAACCAGAAGGAUCAGCAGGCGAGGACUGUGUGGAUCAACGACCCGACCCUCAUGCACAAGAUGGACCCCGAGUUCCAGAACGAGUGGCACAAGAUCCAGAUCCCGCCGAACCCCGACGACUUGCGCAACAGCCUGCUGGCAGCGGGCCUCAAGCCGUCGAGUGCGCCGCGCGAGGUAGUGUCCACAAAGCCGAAGGAGAAGAAGCGGAAGGCCCCGCGUCGCGGCGGCAAGCAGACCAACACUCAUAUGGCGAACAUCCUAAAAGAUUUUUCUCACAUGAGGAAGUAAUUUUACUUUUAUUGCAUAGCGUCGGCGAUUGGGAAACCUGGGCAUUCAUCGGACCGGGUCCUCAUUCAGAAUGAUAAGGAGGACAACAUUAUGUACAACAUGCGAGGAUAUGUGCCUGAGAGCUUUUGAUUCCUCGUUCUGUGGAGGCCUUCGCGGCAUAGAUCAAUAUGUGCUAUAGAGCACAGGUUCGCAGUGCAACACGCUGAACUGUACCUGUCGAUCAUUCAAGCAGUUUAAAUGUG